AUGCGGGGAAAGGUCAAACUUCGGACACCCCAAGCCAAAGAUAGACAUGCCGACCGGGUAGAGUACAAAUUCGACUGCGUGAAGCAUGUCCGACUGGCUCAGUUCCCCGAGGCUCUCGGCGCACUGCCUUUUCCUCAGGAGCUGAGAGGUAAAGAGAUCUCCCUUGGCCGUUCCAACCAAGAGAUUGAGAGGCUCAAUCUCCGUAUCCAGGAACAAAGCUGCACAAACUACGUGGGCGACAAGCACAAAUUGAAAGGCGAGGUUUCUCAUCUUACUGGCCACAACAGGUCUCUCAAGGAGCAAGAAAAAUGGGACAAGAAGCAGACCACAAUCUGGGGUCUGACCAAGGAGAAUGAGAAGCAGAGAGCUAGUGUGAACCGUCUCGUGGAGCGAGUAAAGAAGAUUAUUUCUCAGCAAAAGGGAGCCAAACACUUAAUUGACGCCCUUAAGGACUGGAAGGCGGCUGACAAAAUUCACGACGAGGAGGUUGACAAGCUUGUUGAUGCCUUGAAGGAGGUUGAAAGCCAGACUGCCGCGACCAAAUAG